AUGCACGAUAUUCACACCACCCUUUCCGUUCAGUCUGGCAAAGCCCAGGCUGAGGCCGUAGAGUCCGUCAACUCCGGGUCCCCAGCCCAGCCCGCCACGGACCCAACUGCCAACAUCUCGUAUGGCCACAUCGGUGUCAGAGGCGUCAUUAAGUCUCCCUAUGUCUUCUUUGCCGCCUUCAUCGCAUCCAUGGGUGGCUUUUCCUUUGGCUACGACCAGGGCGUCAUCUCCAUCAUCAACGUCAUGCCCGAAUUCCACCGUGUCUUUCCCGAGGCCCAGAGCGGCUUCGGCAAAGGUUUUAUGACGGGCAUGCUCGAGCUCGGUGCCUUCCUUGGAUGCGUCUUCAUGCCCUGGCUGGCCGAUAGAUUCUCUAGAAAGCGGGCCUUGUCCUUCGUCGUUAUCAUCUUCAACGUCGGAGCCAUCCUGCAGACCGCCGCGGUGAACUACGAGAUGCUUGUUCUGGGUCGGACCAUCGGUGGCAUUGGUGUUGGUGCCCUGGCAAUGGGCGCCCCCCUCUACAUUUCUGAAAUAGCUCCCCCGAAUCUGCGUGGCACCUUGCUGGUUCUCGAGUCCGUGUCCAUCGUUCUCGGCGUCGUGGUGGCAUUCUGGAUCACCUAUGGUACACGCCAUCUCGUUGGCGAAAUUUCUUUCCGCCUCCCCUUCGGCCUGCAGAUGGUGUCCGCAACUGUGGUUGGCAUCGGCAUCAACAUGUUCCCCUACUCGCCCCGAUGGCUCGCUAUGGUUGGCCGCGAUGACGAAGCUCUUGAAAGUCUCGCCAAGCUCAGGCGUCUCCCGACCAACGACGACCGUAUCCAGCAGGAGUUCAGCGGUAUCGUCGCCGAGGUCCGCUACCAAAAGGCCGUUGUGCAGCAGCGUCAUCCCGGGGCUACCGGCUUCAAACUAGAGGUCUGUACCUGGCUUGACCUGUUCAGCCUCAAGCUAUGGCGACGCGUCAUUGUUGGGUGUGGCGUCAUGUUCUUCCAGCAGUUUUCCGGCAUUAAUGCCUUCAUUUACUACGCCCCAACGCUCUUCCAAACUCUCGGCCAGGAUUACGAAAUGUCCCUCAUCAUGUCUGGUGUCUUCAACAUGUUGCAGUUGGUUGCGGUUUCCCUGUGCUUUCUGAUCAUCGACAAGGUUGGUCGCCGACCUCUAGCGAUGAUUGGAGGCGCCGGAGGAGCCAUCACGUGGGGUAUCAUGGCUGCCCUGGUAGGCGUCUACUCCAAGACUUGGAGUCAGCAUGCUGACGCUGGCUGGGCUGCCGUGGCCAUGGCAUUCGGCUUUAUCCUCAUGUACGGCUGUACAUAUGCCCCCUCGGCUGGGCGCUCCCUUCAGAAUGCCAUGAGGUCCAAGGGCGUGGCUCUCUCGACGUCAACGAACUGGAUCUGCAACUUCAUCGUCGGCAUCAUCACUCCACCCAUGCUCGAGUCGUGGGGUUUCGGGACAUACUUGUUCUACGGGGCCUGGUGUGCAAUCGCUGUCGUGUGGGCCUGGGCUUUCGUCGUGGAGACCAAGGGCAAAACACUCGAGCAGAUCGACGAGCUGUUUGGGGACAAUGUGGCAAAAGAGGAACAAGAUCUCAGCCGCAUUACCCACUUAGUUGCGAAUCCCUAUCAUCAUGUCCGUGUACCCCUUUCGCACUCGCGGACGUACUAG